AUGGCGACUACGAGUAAGAGCAUGGAGACGGGGCCAGAUCGGCCGUUACACAGAGUGCCAAUCCCAAAUACGGAUGGAUGGCUACGCGUAACGACAACUCAUGGAAAUGUAUUUUACGCACAAAAAAAAACCAAGCGCUCAGAAUGGACGAUUCCUUCCGAAAUUCAUACGCAAGUCUUAGAGUUUGAGCGGGCAUUGGGCAUUGAGCCGAUCAGUGACGAUAGCCAAGACGAAAAAGAACGUAGCCAUAAACGCUUGCGCCUGGAAGAACAUCAACACGGGGAAGUAAGCCUUCGCAGCGGUGAAGAUGUUUGCGGUGCUGAGCAUCCAACAGAGGCGAAAGGAGAGCAACUAGAACAGAAUGAAGCAAGCACAAUCGAACAUAAAGAUGAAUUCGCAGACUUGGCUUUCGAAGAAGGAAAGGCCAUGUACAUGGAAAUGCUCACGUCGCUGAAUGGAACACCUCGGGAGGUCAAUCCCAUGGCUCCUUGGGAUCAUGAACUGCCGAAGUUUGUGCAUGAACGCGCUUAUCGUGCAUUGCCUACAUUGGAAGACCGUGAGGAUGUUUUCAACGAAUGGUGCAAGUUCCGGCUACGUGAGAAGCGCUCUCAAUCCAAGACAUCUUCAUCUGAGAAAGCAUUUAGCGCGCUGCUUAAAAAGCAGGUCGCUUCUACACGCACCGAUUUCACAGCUUUUCGUGAGGCUUUUCGUCAUGAUCCAGCAUACGUUGCAUUGCUGCGCGAUUCGAACGAGCAAAAAGCUCAGAGAAUGUUCCAUUCAUGGCUUGCCGAGCUUCGAGAGCUCAAACUCAAAAUGGCCCAUGAAGCUGAACAAGCCUACAUACAUCUGCUAAACGAAUAUAUAUCGUCUGAAGAAUUUGAUGUCCCGAGGCAUGCACUUGAUCGUGAAACUGCCCAGCAGGUCUGGGCCAAAGCGAAGAAGACACCUGGUCUUUCGGCAGACCCACGCUACGACGCUGUGGGAAGUGCAACCCGCCGCUUCGAACUGUUCCACCAGUGGCUGGGAGGCGCUGUCCCCACUACAUCGACACACCGAUCGAAAGCUGAACGACGCGCGCAAGCUUUGGAGCAGCGUGAAGCCCAAGUCCGCCGAGAACGUGCGCGACAAGCGCGGCAGGCUGAUUUGGCACGGUCAGAUGCUCUGGUUGAACAGCGCGAGACUGAAUUCCGACAAUAUCUCAUUGAUACAGUUCGUGAUCCAUGGAUCACAUGGACGGAUGCAUCAUCGUUUGCCUCAUCCUUCCACAGCGAGAUGGAGCGAGGAGUGGUCACUGACGCACGCAAGCGUCAGAUGUUCGAGGAGCAUCUGCAGCACUUGCGAUCGAGGCGGCGGGACCAAUUAGCAAGACUAUUUGAAAAGCAUUCACUAAAUGAACGUGGUGUCCCACAGCUGAAUCGUACAGCAGACGUGGUCCUGCCACUAGUUCGUGCUGAUGAUGAGUACAUCCAGUCGCCCUUGCCACGUUUUGUCGGUGAAGAUACAGGCGUUCACAAACGAGCUGUUGGAACAAAUCUCGAAGCUGAAUUUGACGCCUGGGAUGCAUGGCGACAAGAACGAGCGCAGCAGGAAUUCUUCACCAUGCUUCGGGAGAAUGCCUUUGUCGACUUCUGGGGACGACUACAAAAGGAGAAGCAGGCGAAACGAGAUGACGAGAUGUCGCCCGCUUUGCAUGGCGAAGAUGAAGCCGACGAUGAUGAGGAAACAACCGUGUCAUUACUUGAUAUGGCAUCUCAACUAGACAUUCAGGCGAUGGAAUCUGUGCUCAAGGUAUGUGUUACCGCUACGACACAUUCACUAACUAUUACAGGCGGAUAA